UUGGGCCAUUAAUUAGGCACUUUUUUCACAACAAACAACGGUAGCGCAAGGCCCUUGCGGUAGCGCUGUUUCUGCCCUCUACGUUAGUUGGUGUGUACAGGACUGGUCAAUCUUUUAUCGCUUGCCUCCGUUCAUCGAUGUAAUUUGAAACAAAGCUAAAAUCGACAUUAUUCGCAAAUUAGUUGAGAAGGAUAGUAAUAAAUCAAAAGGGCAGAAUGUACAGUGUGGUGUACAAGCAGGAGCAAGCUCACGAUGACAGCAUCUGGUGUGUAGCUUGGAUGAAAAGCGACAGGGAUGGAGUAGAAAACAUAGUCACAGGAUCGGUGGAUGACUUGGUCAAAUGUUGGAACUGGGAGAAUGAUGAGCUGAAAUUAAAAUGGACCUUGGAAGGCCAUCAACUUGGUGUGGUAUCAGUAGACAUCAACCCAACAGGAACAAUUGCAGCGUCAAGUUCUCUGGACAGUCACAUUAGAUUAUGGGAUCUGGAGGUCGGUAAACAGAUGAGAUCGAUAGAUGCUGGACCAGUUGAUGCAUGGACGAUAGCGUUCUCUCCCGAAGGUCGAUUCCUAGCCUCUGGGAGCCACGUUGGAAAGAUCAAUCUUUUUGGAGUGGAGAGUGGAAAGAAAGAGUCCCAGCUUGAUACACGAGGAAAAUUCACUUUCAGUAUAGCAUAUAGUCCAGAUGGAAGGUUUUUAGCGAGUGGAGCUAUGGACGGCAUUGUAAAUAUAUUUGAUAUUCAGUCAAGUAAACUACUCCAUACAUUAGAAGGUCAUGCUAUGCCUAUCAGGUCUCUGUGCUUCUCUCCUGACUCACAGCUCUUAGCCACCGCAUCAGAUGAUGGACAGAUUAAGAUAUAUGAUGUACAACAAGCGAACCUUGCUGGAACCCUGUCAGGUCACUCAUCGUGGGUGACCGGUGUCCACUUCUGUCCAGAUAACACCCAUUUUGUUUCCAAUUCUUCCGACAAGACUGUUAAGGUGUGGGACUGUGGUACAAGACAAUGUGUUGCAACGUUCUAUGACCAUCUUGAUCAGGUUUGGCAAGCGAAAUACAAUGGGAAUGGAUCAAAGAUGGUAUCUGUGUCAGAUGACAAUGCUAUUCACAUCUAUGACUGCCCCAUCUAAAUUAUUGUAGAAUAAUAUCACCCUUUUAUGAAAUUGCAUUCAUCAAUGACUGCUCUUCAUCCAAAUAUAGACUGGUUUUUUUUGCGACACAACUUCUGAGGAGCUAGCCCAUAAGUUAGGUGAGGAUGCAGCUAUAUCUGUGCUCUUACGCUAUUAAAAAGAAAGCAAUACGCCUGAUGCAGAAGACUAUGAACAGUGGAUACAAAGCAGCCAUCGCUAAUGCAAUCUAAUGCCAUCUUACUGCAGCAUUUGUUUUCUUUUUAUUGACCCGGGCCCCGUCUUACAAAGAUUUGCGAUUGAUCCGGUCAACCACAACUAUGGAAAGCCAGGCACUUCAACAUAAAAAAUGCAUGUUUGUUUCAAAAAAAUUUUCUUGAUAUGUUGUACACUAAUAUUUUCAUUGUUGUCUUGACAAUUUGAUGUGCUCUACUUUAUUUACAAAAGAUCUUUGUGCACAAUUUUGGUAGAAAAUUAUGACAAUGAUGGAUUUCCAUCAAGUUACUGUUCUUUCUGGUCUUCUCCCUCCGCUGCUUUCAAAGGUCAGUCCAAUGAAGGCAGUAGUGUUAUUCCAAUGCUAUAUCAACCAGGGUUUAAAGCUGGGAGCAUUUCAUCAACCUUUUUGUCUGACAAGAUGUCAGAUCUGACAACUUUCCUUGAUUUUGAUUGGCUGAGAAGCAUUGUUACUGUGCUAACUGUCAAACGAAACAGGACUUGUCGCAUAAAACAUCCAAGUCCUUUCAUGAAAUGCUCCCUGUAACAUGUGGUUUAGAAGAGUGAAAAAACAAGGUAGAUAAUUGUGGCCAAGUUCAUAACCUGAAGCAGCAGCUUUCGUUUGUUACAUACUGUAUAUGGAAUUUGUGUAAAAAAAUGCAAAAAUGUAAGGAGCAGGCCAUCUCUGAUAGAAGUCUUAACCAAAGAAAGGAGGAAUGAGCAAUACAUGUACAUUAAAAGUGAACAACGUACAGUACAUGUAGGGUUAGUUUGAGGUACAUGUAUGAAGAAGACAUCCCAUCUGGGUACCGGUAGUCGUAAUGCAGCACGUACUGAUGUACAUAUCAAUUGUUUUAAUUGCAUUCAGUGUGCUCCUGUUGACUACCAUCAAGGAUGUGUAGCUCAUUGAUUUAAGAGGAUGAUAAAUUGGACUAGGAGAAGGGAUACAAUGAUGAUUUUGGCCCAGCCAUCUCAUGCACAUUAACGUUUUUUGCAUCUUAAUUGUCACAGAAAUUGUAUCAGAAUACUACAGUUGCCUUAUACCAUAUUACAAGAAGUAUUCUGUUUUCCCACAUUGUCUUGCACGUAACACCCGCAUGGUCUGUCCCCAUUUGAUCUUUUUCGUCCUAAGGAUGUCACUAUACAUAUCACUCUAAAAAAUGAAUAAUUCAUUGGUCAAAUUCAUAUCUUUUCCACAUAUUUCUGCAUGUUUUCUGUUUGAAUUUCACAUCCUAAUCAAGUGUUUCUCACGAGUGAAAUUCCAGGUUCAACAAUGUUCAGAAAAAGUUUGGCAAUCUCAAGAAACAUUUUUCCCUAAAAAAUUGUGUCUAGUAGGUGUCACUCUUGUAAAAAUGCCCUUUCCCUAAUUUAUUGCCUUUUUUGGGGGGUGCCUGCGGCAUUCCCAAACCGGCACAACUACCAUCUUCAUGUGAUGUGAUAAGCACACUUGUACAGCAACUUAGUAUUGAACCCCCACCCAGGCUAUUAUAGUCUUUUAAUUCAGAUUUUAACUCAAAUUGUGCUGACAUUUGAUUACUUUUUUUUACAUAAAAGAGAGGUUGAUAAAAAUUAGCAUCAGCAGAACAUUGUCCAUAUCAUAUUCAAAGGACACAUGGGCCUUCAAAGCAACCCUCAAUCUCCAUGUUAAAAAGGAUCUAGGUCUGUCAUAAAUUACCUAGAAAAAAAUUCAACCAUUUUUCAGGAUUAAUACAAAUGAGUGAUUUCACGGUGAGGGGCGCAGCUUUCGCAAAUGUAUUAUGAAAUGCGUACGUGUAAAUUUGCUGACUGUUGUAAAUAAAUCAUAUUUUUCUUCGAGAAACCAAGUAAUA